GUGAGGCGCAUCAGCAAUCAAGGCUGUUGCGCUGCAGCCGCUCGUGCUUUCUGUUGAUGUGUUUGUUUGACAUUUUAAAUGCGUUAAAAUUUAGUUUAUAAAACACGGUUUUAAAGUGUUUAAGUUCAAAUAUAAUAUAGGUAAUAACUAUCCGCCCCCCCAAACAAUCCUGUCCACAUGCCUUUUUACUAAAAAUAUCCUACUUUAGUCCUUGUGCAGAAGCACUCUAUUUGUGUUUGUUUUGGUCUUGGGUUUGAGCUUCCUGGCGUUCGGAUGUCUUCAGUUCUGGGAUUCUCAAGUCAGUCUGCUCCUGAGGAUAUACAAAUAUAACUGGAUGGAUUACAAAUUGUGUCAGCAAACUUUAGUUCGGACCUGGGCCAAAACGGACUGUUGUUUACGCCCAUUCUGGCGUGUAACAUGCCACUUUAUGGGGUUGGAAAAAAAAACGGAUUGAGACCCGGAAUACGCCUGCGAGACGUAAAGGCCUUUGAAGUGCUGGCUGCUGCACACUGUACAGUUCUGUGGUGACACUGUUGCAUUUACAAAGCUGAGAUGGCUGGACAGAAGCAAUGCUUCCAGCUGCCUGGGCUCCUGGUGUGGUGUUGUCUGUUGGGGAUGUCCAUGGGCACCGUCCUUGAAGAAGAUGACUGGGAGGAUUUGAGAGAGGACCUGGCAACCCUGCAUCGACUGAAGGGUCUGACCGACAGAGUGACGUAUCAAGGGUUCAGACAGCACCGAUUGCAUCGGUCCAUAGAAUCUGAGUAUAAGGUGGUGAAUCAGCCAAUGGCUCUCAUUGAUGGCUUACAAAAAUGUGAAGAGUUUUCCCUUUGUGUCAUGGAAGCCAAACAGGAAUUAGAAGAGUUUCUGGCAGACCUCGAGAGGCAAAAGGUUCAAGAUAAACUGUUGUCUGCAGAAGAGACCUUCCACUCUUAUGACAAGAAGCUAAUUCUCGUGAUGGAUGAGGAUGAACAGACUCAUCAGACAGCGAAACUGGAAUAUAGUAUUGAUCCUCACUAUUCAGUGUUAGUAAGUGUUGCCUGUAUUCACAAUGAUUCCUGCCUCCCAACUGUCAAUUCUCUCACUGUGGUCAAAGUGUUUGGCUCUGGUGACACCUUCUCCCGUUACUCUGGAUCAUCCUUCGCUAAGCUAAUGCUGAAGACCUCUUUGAGAGGAGUGGGCUAUUUCUCCUUUGACAAUGCCAACAGCUCUCUUUUCAACGUUUUUCAAAAUGAUUUUAUUUGGGCCUUUAAGUCAUACGGUCUGAAUGUGGUGCUGGAGACCAUGAAGCAGAAUGAAGUCAUCUAUCAAACGCUGGACCAUACAGACUUGUUGGCCGAAUACAAAGCGCCGAAAAGACCGGUGGACGACUCCACCCGUUAUGACGGACAGCACAUUUUGAUCAUGGAGGAUGACCCCGUCGUUCGGGAAGCCGCCACGAUGCUAUACGAGAAGCAUCCGACCGUGUCGUCGGUGUACGUCCUGGAGAACCAAGAACCCAAGCUGAUCAAAGGAGAGCCCUGGGCCCUGACAGAGGAGAGCAGGCUUGUGCUGGUGGGCCAUGGCCGAAGAGAUCCGCAGGCUAGAAUGAGGCUGAGUGGCUACCGUGCGGAUGAUGUGGCUCAGAUCAUUAGUCGCUCAAACAGGGUUGGAGACCAGAUCAAAACCAUAAGUGUGGUUGCAUGUGAUGUUGGGUCAGAUAAGGUCUUCAUUGACACGCUGCUCCAGGAGCUCCGUGCCAAAUCUGUUGAGGCGGAACUUCACUUGAGAAGUGCUUUACUCCAAGUUAGCCACUCUGGGGAGAAGAUCACUGUGGAAUUAACUCCUUCUGGUGUGGAGUACCGGCAUAAGGAUCUGAGCAAGAAAGUAGUCGCAGUGUUGGGAAGAGAUGGUGAGACUGUCACCCGAGUGGACCUCAGCAGCAGAGGGGAUAAGGUGUCUUUCAAGGAGCAUAAUUUCAUGUUGGGUGGUCAAAAUUACUGGGAGGACUAUAAGAACAUGUGGCCAGAGGAGCCCAGGAGGUUUGUAGAACAACAUGCGCGACAAGCUCACACCGAUGACCUUGAGGGACUAGCUUGGGCCUUUUUUCAUGAUCUUGAGAGCAGUGACCUGUUUAAACGGAGGACUGUAUAUGAAGGCCGUGGAGAAGAACGGUACAUUCUUUACAAAAGGGGGUCAAAGAACCGGCGCGGUUCAUGGAUUGAAAACAACAAUGAUAUCGACAAUAUUCUGAGAAAAUGCUAUGAAAUAAGAUCUGGUGACGAUUUUCUAAAGCUAAUCCAUCACUAUGCAAAAACUGGCUAUGAUGAGCCCAUGUAUUUCAGUCUACAUGACUGGAUAUAUCAAGUAAAUGACAGGAAUUUAUACGUGCAUCCUGUAGGAAAGAGGCUCGGUAAUCAAGAUGACAGUACAAUAAUUAAACAAUUCAUAGAGCAGGUUAAAACAGGCAGUUACCCUGAAAUCCAUGACAAAAUGAGUCAACUCGGAAGAACAGAAGAUUAUGCCAGCUUUGCCUAUGAUACAUUAAAGGGCAGGUAUGAAAAGCGAAGUUAUAGCUUUGAUAAAGAGGUAUGGUAUGGCACAUAUCUUUUUGCAUCUUUGUUUGCGGAGUCUGCCAGGAAUUUCAGAACGUUACCUACUGUACUGAUGGCUUUGGACAUUUGCCACAGAGCAGAAGAUAAUAACGUCAAAGAAACUGCACUGCGUUAUCUAAUUGAGGAGCACCCUAUGACGAGGGGGGGCACUUGGGUUUCUCCCAACCAACGGGGAUUCUAUGGAACAAGCUCUGAAGAGAAGUCCAGCAAAUAUGGAAAACCUAAACCUCCUACUAAGGAGAACUUGCAGGAAGAUCUUAAACUUGUUACACGAAAAGAAGAAGCGAUCAUCCAGAAAUGGAUGUCAGUCUUUCACAUUGAAAACAUAGAGGAAUCCAUUCCUGAAUUACUACGUUACCUCAGUCACAAUGACAUCACACAAAAUGAAAAAAUAAUACAGGAUUUUCAAAUGUAUAAAGAGCGUAUUGCCAUAGAACUCCCUGAAAUGAAUAUACCAAACACCCUAGGGGGAAACCACGAUGGAUUUGUGACAUCUCGAGAUUCGCGAGCGGCUCUUGAAGUUGACCAUUCCCUCAAAAUGUCAGCUUAUUACUCUCGUUCCUCUGCUAUUUUAGCUCAACAGAUCCACAAGGAAGUCCAGACGCAUUUUGGUGAAAGGGUGUCAGAAUUUACUAUCAAACCCGAUAGCAUCCAUGUGGAGGAUGGAAGAUUUCACUGCGAGCUUGUGUCCAGAAAAGAUCCUGCAGCGACCCUGAAGUGGCAUACGGAUCUGAGCCCAGCUGCGAAAGGUUACAUGGACAAGCUUUCAGGCGGCCUCAGAGAAGUAUACAAUAUGGAGAUUCCUGGGGGUACUCAUCCUCACCAGGUCUCUGUGCAUGUGGAGCGUGCAGGAAAAGCAAUAGGGAACAUGGGACUCAUAAUGGGGAUUCAGGGAGCUAUUCAUGCUUUUGAAGCGGGAGAUAUAGGGAAUGGCACGAUUGCUGUGUUGCAGACAAUACAUGGGAUUACAGGAAUGACUUUAGCUGCCAUUGGGAAGAAAGUGCCUGGCGUUUUAAUGAGCAAACCUCUACGCAUCAUGCCAAGGUUUUUGAAGGGCACAAUGAAGGUUAUACCCAUUAUCGGAAUCGGAUUUGGAAUUUAUAGCGUGGUGGAAGACAUUCAAAGAGGGGAUACUCUGGGAUACAUUGAUGCAGCACUGGACUCUGUAAUAAUUGCUUUGGAUGUUGUUGAAAUAGCUGUACCAAUACUGGCACCAAUUUUGGCACCAAUUAACCUGGUCUUGAGUGCUGUGCGCAUGGUAGUAGAUGACAUAUAUGAGGGCAUCCAGACCGAACUUAGUCGACUGCCGAAAGAUGCGGGGUUUCUCGACAAACUGAGAGCUGGCAUUGCUGGCUUUUUCAAAGGCUUGCUUUACUUUCUGCUUGAUGUUGCCAGUAUUUUCUUCUCUUAUCCCUAUCGUGAGAUUGAAAAUGGCCGUCUGCUCGUGGAGCAAAUAUCUGACUACCGCAAGUAUUACUCUAUUAGGGAGGAAGGGGGAAGAAAUUCGAUAGAUUUUACUGGGGGAAAAUCGUCCUGGAAUGGGGGAAGCAUUACAUUUCGUCUUUCUGAUUCAGGAUACUCAAAAUUCUGUAUGGAUAAAUUUGUGUCAAGUGAGGAAAACUUUGGGAAUAGGUGUUGGCCUAUUCAAACUGCUAACACUCAGGACAUAGUUGUAGGGAUUGGAGAAUCUCACCACCUCACAUAUCAAAAAAUAGAUGUAAAGAUACUUUGUUUUAUAAAGGUUGGCAGUGUCAGAGUGGUUUCUGGUUAUGAAGCUGAGUCAAACACAAGGUUUGGAACCUAUUAUGGAAACAGUGACGGAAACCAGUUUUACACAGUUCAGAAAGCGGAAGACCCAAGAACAAUGGAAGUAAUGCUGAGCUAUUACUAUAAGCUUUAUGGGGAAAAUGGAGACGAUGUUUUCUUUUUAGGGCCACAAAGAAGUUAUGUUGAGGGUUGUGCUGGGAAGGACACGUAUAUCAUUCCUGCCUAUGGAGGAAAUGCUAUCAUUAACAACUAUGAUCCUUACAUGAGUACUGAUUUAUUGAUGCUCAGUGUCAGUUACAGUCAGAUUUCUGUUACCAAGUCGGGAGCCGAUGUGACUCUGAAAUAUUGCAGUGACCACAACGUCAGGAUUAUGAACUGGUUCACUGGAGAAGAAUAUCGUCAUUUGAACUUGAUGUCAGCGGACGGAGUCCUUUUUGACAUUUCUCUCUCUCAAAUCUCCUCGGUCAAGCUGAUAGCACGUGGUGUGAACAAGUUGUCCGAAAAAUCCGGACAGGUAGUAAACACUACACACUCUCUUCUCAGGACUGUGACCAAUAUCCAGGGCUCUCCUUACAAUGAUGUCCUCAUCGGGAAUGAGCAAAACAACUUGAUAGAUGGGGGAGGGGGCACUGACCAUAUGGUGGGUGGGUUGGGAGAAGACGUUUAUGUCAUUAAGAGGCAAAACAGUGCAGGAGUCAGUGUGACAAUUGAUAAUCAUUCCACUGACCGUAAAGUAGAUCUGCUCUUGGUGGAGGCCAAGCUUCAUGACUUCAAAGCCCGAGUGCAAGGAAAUGAUCUCAUCAUGUCCCCUUUCACUGACUCUGCGUCUGCCGUGAUUCUGCAGAACUGGUUCCUUUCGGAGAACCACAGGCACCUCCUGGUCGUCACUGAGGACUUCAUCUCAUUCACCGCCGCGGAUGACCCCACGGCCUGCCAGCAGGUGGCGUAUGGGCAGUUCCAGAGCAGCUGCCUGAUCAGUCAGAGCGUUGAUUACACGAACGCUAAAGCCAAACAGCAGAUAGACCUGGAGGAAGACGAGGCUCUGCGCAGCGUCUUGGAGGUGCGUGGCUCUAACUUCGACGACAUCAUCCGCGGAAAUGCAAAACACAACAUGAUCGUGCCAGGUAAAGGGACUGAUUUCAUGCAGGGCCAGGAAGGAGAGGACUGGUAUGUUGUGUCUCCUGGACAGGGCACUAAAACCAUUAACAACUCCUCGCCAGACAUGGCCACUGAUAUCCUUCUGUUGAAGGCACGUUACAGCUACGUCAGUGCUCAGUGUGAUGGACUGGAUGCUGUUCUCUACAUAAACAACACAAAGGAAGUUAUCCUGAAGGGGUGGUUUCAGAAUAGGCAGUCGCAGCACCUUCAAGUCCAGACAGAUGACGGAUAUGUUUUCAGACUGGAAUCAAAUGUCAGCAGCUGUGAUUUUCUCCGGAAAUAUCCCGUGUCUGUAGACUUUCGAAAGAGGGCCACAGGCCAAACCAUGCUAAUGGACAAUGACGAAUUCUCCUCGGUGGUGGAAAUGUAUGGCUCUUCCGGGUUUGAUGUCAUGAUUGGGAAUGACCAAGACAACAUGUUGGAUCCCUACACUGGGGGAGCAAGGAUGGAAGGUGGGAAAGGGAAAGACACUUAUGUCAUCAAACUGGGAAACGACACAAAGCUAGAAAUCAAUAACUGUGCCGAGGAUGAGAGUGUGGAUGUGGUGAUGUUUGAGGCCAGUUUCAAAUUGGAUAACUUCACAGUCAAGUCUGAGCACCAGGCUGUGCUAGUCAGUGCGAGAGCGGGGGGAGAGAAAAUGCAGGUGCGUCUGCUUCAUUAUGCUACAGGAAAACAGUGCCAGCACCUCCGUUUUCAGACCACAGAUGGGGUUCACUUCCAGGUCAAAGUUCCUGAAGACACAGAGUCUCGGUCCGCUCCAGAACCAAGGAUUGUGGCCUUCAAGAUUGGCCUGAAUGACUGCCAGAGAGAGAGCCACACGGACCUGAACAGUGUGUCUCUUUUCUCUCAGAUUGGUGUUGUGCAUGGCUGUCCCUAUUUCUCCAAUCACAUCCAGGGGAACCGACUCGAGAACGCCCUCUUUGGGGGCAUAGGAAACGACACCAUGGAUGGCGGAAGUGGAGAUGACACCUUGAUGGGGGACAAGGGGGACGAUAUCCUUCUGGGGGAGACGGGCGAUGACACGCUCUACGGUGGAGAGGGGGAUGACUACUUGCUCGGGGGAGCGGGCCGCGAUGUCUUCAUUCCUGGCCCAGGGAAGGACAUGUUGGAUGGGGGCCCGGGGAGAGACACUGUGCUGUACCAGGGGGACCACGAGACGGGCCAGGGAGUGUAUGUCAAUCUUCUGACUGGGGAGGGCCAACAGGCGGACGCCGACGGCGAUGUUCUGAAGGACGUGGAGAACGUCAUUGGCACUAUUUACCCAGACAUCCUGGUCUCUGGGUACGAACCUGCUUUCCUCAAGGGCUCAGAUGGAAAUGACAUCCUGGUGUCAUUGGCAGGAGGGGAUUACCUGAUUGGAGGAAAUGGGAAUGACAUGUACCUUUUAGCAUCCUACACUGGCUCACUGGUCAUUGAUAACUGUGCCGAGGACAAUGCCACCGAUGUCCUAUACCUCCACCACUUGACCGACAGCUCAGUCGGCUGUUCCUAUCUCUCAGGGAGUCUCUCGCUCUCCACCUAUGGUCCCAGUUACUCUCUGUUGGAGGUGGAGCUACGAGGCUGGACGGUCGACGAACCGGACUGUCGGCACCUGCUGGUCAUCCUCAACAACAGCACUAUGGUCUCGGUGGAAGAUCUUGUUAAGCAGUGCGAGUUCCGGCGCAUGUUAAUGAUCCUGAUGUGCAGCUCUGGUGUGGUGGCCGUCACACUGCUGGCGGUUGGAAUCCCGCUACUGCUACGCGGACGACAUCGGAGAGCCGAGAGGAAAGAGCGCGACGUUGCGUCCGCCGAGGCCGAGGGCUUAGCAGGAACAGAAACGGGAACGGAAACGGAAACACGCAGGAACGAGAGAGAAGAGAAGGUCACGCUUCAGGACCCUGAGCCUAGCCAAUAGCAUUCUUCAUUAUCGCUCGCUGUUCAUUCUUCACUGUUUAUGCUAACGCUUUUUAUUUUGUAUUUCAUUGCAUUAUGCAAUUUUUAAAAAUUUUUUUUGAACUUUUUGAUUCCUAAUACAUACAUGCAGUGCCACAACAAUGGCAAGAUGAGUGUUAGAUUGAACAUAGACUUUGAUACAGUAUUAUAUUUAGUUUCGUAAAUGUGUUAACUCAUAAAGUCAUAUGUUGUGGAUUCGGGUUUAAUCAGGACUGUUCUGUACUUUAAUUUUUUAUGGAUUAUUAAUAUUUUUUACGGCACAUUUUACAUUUAUGCCACUAGUUUAUUUUAUCAGCUUUUGGCCAUUACAUAAGUCCAUAUAGAAAAUGUACUAUUUAUAACAUGAAUUUUAAUAGUUUGGCAGAUGCUUUUAACUGAAAGGGGAGCACACAGUGACAUAUGCAUGCUUUUUCAGUUGAAAUGCAUGGAAAUCAAGCUAUCAACAAAAAAAUCUCAUUUUGUUUGUGCUGAGAAGAA